CUGCACUUUGCAUCACCUUCCUUCUCCCCCCUAAUAUCCUCCAAGUAUAUGGCGUGAAUUGGCUUGAAAUUGGCCUGGAUCUUCUCACACUGUUGAGAAUCCACAUCCUUUAAAGAUUCCCCACUACCACACGCCAACAAAAAGGCCGAUAUGGCAACUCAAGCACAUCGCAAUUCGAAAGUCUUAUCCCGACGCGAGAUCGAGGCUCUCAUCGCCAAUGGGUGCUCAAUCGUCAUUGUAGACAAUAAGGUCUUGAAGGUGGAUGCAUGGCUUCCUUAUCAUCCUGGAGGUGACAAAGCUAUCAAGCAUAUGAUCGGAAGAGACGCCACAGACGAGGUUCACCAAUUUCACUCUGCAGAGACCCUCCAGCUCACUAACCGCUAUCAAAUUGGCCGUGUCGAGGGACGAUGGGUCAAUUUUGUUCCGCCAAUACAGGGAGGCAAGUUUAGAACCGAGGAUGAUUCGAAUGUUGUAGAUGAGGAUGAUUGUAUACAGCCCCAUUCGGAGCAAGGAACAGCUAGUACAGACGGCUCGGCUCACCCAAGCCCAAUCUUUGAGCCUGCAGAGCGGCCUUCAUCCUCCAUUCGCCAUAGAAAUGUUGGCAAUAUCCCUCGCGUAUCCUCCACAUCAUCGAUGUCGUCAGUUUACCUAGAGGACGCGCGAACAUCUCCUAAAAUGUCGGUCAUGGAUGCCCGUACUCAGCGAGAGAUUGAUCUAGACAAGUCCAAGUAUCCAUCGCUAGACCCGCAGACACAAGAAAAAAUCGUGCAGAAAUACCGAGAGCUACAAGAACGCAUACAGGCCGAAGGUUUAUAUCAGUGUCGUUACCGGUCCUACGGUAUCGAGUGCAUCCGAUACAUCUUUUUCUUCGCUAUGUUCGGAUUUCUUUUGAAAUCGGAGUGGUAUCUAUCGAGCGCUUUUUUUCUCGGCUGUUUAUGGCAUCAGCUUGCCUUUACAGUCCAUGAUGCGGGACACAUGGGCAUCACUCAUGAUUUCCACACAGAUACAAUCAUAGGGAUGCUUGUUGCAGACUAUAUGGGUGGCUUGAGCGUUUGCUGGUGGAAGUACAAUCACAACGUUCAUCACCUUGUUACGAACUCCCCAGAGCAUGACCCGGACAUCGAGCAUAUGCCAUUCUUCGCUAUUAGUCACCGGUUCUUUGAAAAUCUCUUCUCGUCCUAUUACGAACGGGUCAUGAACUACGACGCCUUCGCCAAGUUUAUGAUACGAUACCAGCACUACCUCUAUUAUAUAAUCGUUUGUUUCGGGCGGUUCAAUCUUUAUCGGCUAAGUUGGAUGUACCUCCUUUUUGGUCAAGGACCCCGGAGAGGCCCAGCAUGGUGGCAUCGCUAUUUCGAGAUUGUCGGCCAAGUGUUCUUCUGGACAUGGUUUGGGUACGGCGUCGUCUAUAAGAGUGUCCCUGGCGGUUGGAACCGUCUGCUUUUUGUUCUCAUUAGCCACUUUAUUACUAUGCCUCUCCACGUUCAAAUCACGCUCAGUCACUUUGCGAUGAGUACAGCGGACCUCGGUACUACCGAAUCCUUCCCCCAGAAGAUGCUGAGGACGACCAUGGACGUUGACUGCCCUCAAUGGCUCGACUUCUUUCACGGUGGACUGCAGUUCCAGGCGAUUCACCACCUUUUCCCUCGGAUCCCUAGACAUAACUUGCGUCGGACCCAGAAACUGGUUCAGGAAUUUUGUAAUGAGGUGGAUAUACCCUACGCCCUUUUUGGCUUUGUAGAUGGGAACAAGGUAGUGAUUGGCAAGCUCGGAGAUGUUAGCAGGCAAGCUGCGAUUCUGGCCGAAUGCCAACGAACGAUUUCGGAGGGAGACUUCGGAUUCAAAGUAGUCAGCUCUUCAACCAUUAGUCUAACAAUCUGUUUUGAGUUUCAUUACUAUACUGCCCUAUUUGUGUAUGCAAUUGUUAGAAAUUGCCGCCCUAUCCUCUCUCACAUUGUAUUGAAAAGAUGUUGUCUGAAUUUUGUCACAUAUUCGUCACUAGCCCAUCAUAAUCCUACGCUAGACGCAGCCUCCCGUCACUCUAUGGCUAUCAUUAACAAUGAAGUUGAUCGACACUCAACUCCGUUGCUCUUAUGA